CAAGAGAAGAAAGUAGUCUGUUUAAAGCCUCCAGAGAGGUGGAAGCGGGAUCUGCGCAGUGCAUGGGGCCAGUCUAGAUGACUCCCAUGCCCAGCUAGAGAAGGAUUAAUUUGCCAGCCGCGGAAAGAGUGUUGGUCGGCUCUCUCUGUCUCUCUCUCACACACACACUUUACACAUUCAUUUUCUCUGAUCUAUCCCCAAGGCGCAACAGAGCAAUGAAUGCGAGGAAGGACGGGCGCUGCUCUAGCACUCUUUGCCACCCUGUGGGUCUGUUUUGCCUGGGAUGGCUGCUUGCCUCUGCCCUUGGCAAGACUAUCCGAUACCACACCUACGAAGAAGACCCUCCCGGCACGGUAAUCGGCACUUUGGCCGACGAGCUGCCCCUGAAAGUCCCUGGAGGAAGCGACGGCGACAGAAGUUUCCGUCUGAUGAAGCAGUCGGGCAACAGCUCCCUGGUGCGGGUGCGCGAGCGGGACGGGCAGCUGAGCCUAGGAGCCGAGCGGCUGGACCGGGAGCAGCUGUGCGGGCAGGCGGAGGAGCCGUGCGUGGUGGCCUUCGACGUGGUGAGCCUGGGCGGGCCGCGCGGCGGCUCCUCCUCGCAGUACCGCCUGGUGCACGUGGAGCUGGAGGUGCGCGACAUCAACGACCACGCGCCUCGCUUCCCGCAGCCCCUCAUCGCCCUGGAGGUGUCGGAGAGCGCCGCGCCGGGCACCCGCCUGCCGCUCGACCUGGCGCACGACCUGGACGUGGGCUCCAACGGCAUCCAGAGCUUCGCCGUCUCGCCCAACAGCCACUUCGGCCUAGAGGCGCAGAGCCGCGCCGACGGGCUCAAGUGCGCCGAGCUGGUGCUGCUCACCGAGCUGGACCGCGAGGCGCAGGCCGCCUACCGCCUGGAGCUGGUGGCCAAGGACGGCGGGAGCCCCGCGCGCUCCGGCACGGCCACGGUCAGCGUGCGGGUGCUGGACGCCAACGACAACGCGCCCGCCUUUCCGCACGGCGCGCUGCUGACCGUCGAGCUGCCCGAGGACGCGCCGCCGGGCUCGCUGCUCCUCGACCUGGACGCCUCGGACCCCGACGAGGGCUCCAACGGGCAGCUGCUCUACGCCUGGGGCAGCCAGGUGCCCGCCGAGGCGCGCCAGCUCUUCGGCCUCGACCCGCUCUCGGGCCGCCUCAGCCUGCAGGGCGCCGUCGACUACGAGCUCCAGCGCGCCUACGAGCUCGACGUCCAGGCCAGCGACCGCGGCGCCAGCCCCUUGGCCGCCAGCUGCAAGGUGGUGGUGCGCCUCCUCGAUGUCAACGACAACGCGCCCACCGUGGCCAUCAGCGCCCUCAGCGCCGGCGUCGGUGGCGGCGGGGCUGCUACUCAGGCCGGGGCGGAAGAGGACGACGCCUCCGCCUCGACGGUGGCUUACGUGAGCGAGGCGGCGCCGGCGGAGAGCCUUGUGGCGCUGGUCAGCACCUCGGACAGCGACGCGGGCGCUAACGGCCAGGUGCGCUGCUCCCUCCUGGCCGCGCCCCACGAGCCCUUCGCCCUGCAGCGCGCCUACGACGCCAGCUACGUGGUGCUCACCACCGGAGCCCUGGACCGCGAGCGCGUGGCCGAGUACAACCUGACGGUGGUGGCCGAGGACCUGGGCUCGCCGCCGGCCAAGACCGUGCGCCGCCUCACCGUGCGCCUGGCCGACGAGAACGACAACACGCCGCGCUUCGCCAAGGCGCGCUACGAGGUGGCCGUGCUGGAGAACAACCCGCCUGGCGCCUACCUGGCCUCUGUCCUCGCCUCGGACCCGGACCUCGGGCUCAACGGCAAAGUCACAUAUCGCCUAUUGGACAGCCAAGUUAUGGGUGCCUCCAUUUCCACCUAUGUCUCGGUGGAUCCGGCCACGGGGGCCAUCUACGCCCUCCGCACGUUCAACUAUGAGAUCAUCAAGCAGUUGGAGCUGACCGUCCAAGCCACCGAUGGCGGUUCCCCUCAGCUCUCCAGCGCAACUUUGGUCAAGGUGCGGGUGGUAGACCAAAAUGACAACGCGCCUGUUAUUACUCACCCGGCGCUCACCAACGGCUCCCUUGAGAUCGGGGUAUCCAGCAAAGCUGCGCGGGAUUCCCUGGUGGUGCAUAUCAAAGCAAGAGACGCCGACGAGGGAGUUAACUCUGAACUGAGCUUUUCCUUCCUGGAAGAUCCGCAGCAGCCCCAACUGCCAGCCUUGGACCUCUUUGCCAUCAACAAGAAAACGGGAGAAGUUGUGCUCAGCAGGAGCUUCUCUGAAGAACUGCUGGGCCAAGUCUACCAACUGCUUCUCACUGUGGCUGACAAGGGACGGCCUCCCCUCUCCACUACCGUUAUGAUCAGUUUCCAGGUGACUGCAACAUUGCCCCCUUCCAGCAGCCAGGAUUCAGUGGGCAUACCCAACCCUUGGGAAGGAAAGGCACUGCAGUGGGACAUCCCUUUGAUUGUAAUCAUUGUCCUUGCUGGGAGCUGCACGUUGCUCCUGGUGGCCAUCAUCAGUAUUGCCACCACUUGCAACAGGCGCAAGGAGAAGAAGGGAGUCCCAGAGGAGUUGCUGGGCACCUCUCAAUUAAAGAAAGGGUGGCAGGAAGGCAAGGGCAGUGGCAUUGCCUCCUCCAGCCCUGGCACCCAAGGCAAUGGCUUUGACGUGCAUUCCUUCCCCAGCAAAUCUUCCUUUGCUAGUCCUGAGCCCUCUCCAGCCAGCGAAGACAUCCCAACUUCAGAAGACAGCAGAGAGAGUGCCAGUCUCUAUGACAGUCAGAGCAGACUUCGGGGCACAAAUGCAGAGUCUUAUACCUCUACCCCUAGUUACAGCAAAGAACCCAUCCCACCUGUGGCCAUCUGGAAGGGCCAUUCUUUCAACACCAUCUCAGGCAGAGAAGCAGAGUUCAGCGGCAAAGACAGUGGCAAAGGUGAUAGUGAUUUCAACGACAGUGAUUCCGACAUCAGUGGGGAUGCCCUUAGAAAGGACCUCAUCACUCACAUGCAGAAUGGACUAUGGGCUUGUACUGCUGAAUGCAAAAUCCUGGGGCACUCAGAUCGAUGUUGGAGUCCCUCCUGUGGCCGAUCCAAUCCUCACUCAUCCCCCCGCCCAAAGACACAGCUGUCCACCUUCUGCAAAAGUACCUCACUGCCCAGGGAUUCCCUGCACCGGGAUAACUAUUAUCAGGCACAACUACCAAAGACUGUUGGACUGCAGAGUGUCUACGAGAAAGUCUUACACAGGGAUUAUGAUAGGACUAUUACAUUGUUGUCCCCUCCUCAUCAGGGGAGGCUACCAGACCUCCAAGAGAUCUCGGUACCCUUAUACCAAGCCCCCUCUACUCGAUAUUUAGGCUCUCCACCUGAGACCAGUCAGAAGGUUUAACUGCUACUCAGUGAUUAACUUGAGCUGAGGCUCACGAGUGUCAGGCCACAGGAGCCGUUUAAGAAACUGGCGUCAGACCCCAGAAGUGGAAUUUCCAAAACCAUGCAUUUGCUGGUGAUGCUUCUCUCUCUCUCUCUGUUAUUUGAAGGCUGAUUGAAGAGAACAAUGACUCUGAGCAUGUACAAAGUAUCUUUUUCACAGCUUUGUGAUCACAGCCAGCCCCUACAAGCUUCCAAGUUUAUAGGACAAGUUUUUGUGUCUUGGCACCUCUUUAAAAAAAAAACACAUUGUUUCCAUCCCUUGCAACUUACCCCAAGCAUGUACCUACAUAUAUGCACACUGUUAGAUUAUUCCCAAGAGUUCUUAAAUUAUUGACCAGGUCCAGUGAAUUAUGUAGGAAUAAGCAAACCGUGCCUUAAACACUAAGAUAUAUAUGUUACAAAUGAAGUUGUUGGGAAAGAUUUCCAAUUGCAUUGGUACUGUUUGAUAUUUGCAAACAAAAGCAACUCUUUGUAGUUAAUGUAAUUUUUAUGAAAUGUGAAGUAUUUAAUUUUUUUUGUGUGUUGAUCCCUUGCUUCACCCAUGGCCUGCCUGUUCGUAGUUUUUUUUAAAACCUGUAUAUUGUGUAAUGUAAUGUUUGUACAUAAAGAAAUUUCACUCUAUUUUUAUAUAAUAAAACUUUGGGGAAGGGACACCUGAAAUUCUUGCCAAAGGAAGAGUCUGAAAGACACAUGCAGAAGAAAAAACACUGAAUCCUUUAGGAAUCACAUAAAGGAACUUUCUCUUUCACAGUUUAAUGCUAAAGCAACUACUUGUAUUAGAAAGACUGCCUUGCAAAGUAUGAAAUAUGUUUCUGGAGUCCAUCAUCCGUUUCAAACUA